AGCCCAGACUACACAUCUAGCCUCAGUCCUUUCGCCACAAAGUUCUCCCUGAUGCCUAACUCUUUUCUUACCUGCUGCAAACUGGAAUUCCUUUUCCUUUCUGUCCUAAAGUUAGAGGACAGAAAGCCCUAUGGGUCAGAUCAGCCUCGAAAAAGCAAUGUCCACCAUCUGGGGCUGGAGCCUUGGGUGGGAAUGAUGAGAAUUUCAGGGCAUUUGUAUCAUUUUCUGCAAGAGGUUUCCCUGGACAGAAGGCUCUGAGGGCAAGCAGGGUCAUUCCUCCCAGCCAAUCCCUUCUCUAUCCCUGAGGGCAGAGGCAGGGGUGCCCACCUGGGCCAUGGCCCCACCUCCCACCCAAGGGGGCUGGGCCUGAGCUUUACUGGGGACCCAGUCCUAGCUUAGGCUGCUGCUGUGGGCGGGCCCCUGGCCUUUUCCAGUCCCUGGGCCUCCUCCUGCAUUCUGGAGCCUGGAGCCGGAGCCGCUGCCUUGGCCGCCACUGCUACCACCUCUCCUCUGUCUCUAACCACUCACCCCUCCACUGCCGCUCUCACCCUGCCAUGACCCCGGCCCUCCUAGGGACCCUGGCCCAGCUCUGAGCCCUGGGACCCCUGGGCCAUGGCCAACUCGGGCCUCCAGCUCCUGGGCUACUUCCUGGCCCUGGGUGGCUGGGUGGGCAUCAUCGCCAGCACGGCCCUGCCACAGUGGAAGCAGUCCUCCUACGCAGGAGACGCCAUCAUCACCGCCGUGGGCCUCUAUGAAGGGCUCUGGAUGUCCUGCGCCUCCCAGAGCACAGGGCAGGUUCAGUGCAAGCUCUACGACUCACUGCUCGCCCUGGAAGGUCACAUCCAGUCAGCACGAGCUCUGAUGGUGGUGGCGGUGCUCCUGGGCUUCGUGGCCAUGGUCCUCAGCGUGGUCGGCAUGAAGUGCACGCGGGUCGGAGACAGCAACCCCAUCGCCAAGGGCCGCGUGGCCAUCUCUGGGGGUGUCCUCUUCCUCCUGGCAGGUAUGAAUUUGGCCCGGCCCUGUUUGUGGGCUGGGCCUCUGCCGGCCUGGCCAUCCUGGGGGGCUCCUUUCUCUGCUGCACAUGCCCGGAGCCCGAGCGGUCCAACAACAGCCCACAGCCCUACCGACCCGGGCCCUCAGCUGCUGCCCGAGAGUACGUCUGAGCCCCGCCUGCCCUGGCAGCCAAUCCACCCAGUGGCCCUCUUGCCCAGCACUCCAGCUGGGGCCAGUGGGGCACAGGAUGUCCCCCGAGCAACUCUGGGGACCUGAACAGCUUGUCCCCCACAGAGAUACCCACCCUGAGAUCCAAGACCCAGGCCCAGACACAUGCCGAGUGGCAGGGGCCCAGCCACAUGGUGCAGGCACAGGUCAGGUCCAGGCCCUCAGACCUGCCCACACAGCCUCGUGGGCACCAGAUGGACGGGCUCACACACAUCAGCUCACGUGCCAUCCCUUUCACCUGUCCAUUUACUCACUCACUGAACAGUGUCUGCUAUGUGCCAGGCCCUGAGGAUACGCCAGAGGACAGGAGAGACUUUAGUGCCCAGCAACUUGUGUGGGCAAAGCACUUGGCCCCCUGACCCCCGCUGACUCCCCACAGCAGCCCAUGGAGGAGGCAGUGUGGGAUGGCAAACAUGCCGCACUGUACACGAGGUAACAGAAGUUCAGAGAGACCAGGAGACUUGCCCGGGUCCCUCUGACUUCAGGUUUUAGAGGUCUUUCCAGUAUGCCCAGCACUGCUGUGGACACCCACACAGAGGACUGGGACAUACCACGUCACCCCCAGGAAUGGGCCCCAGGCAGGGUAGGGCCAAGAUGGGACUGAGCUGGCCAGCCCUGCUGUCUGGGCCUGAGCACCACAGUCCUUGCCUGCCCCCAGCCACUGCUGCUCACCCCACUAACCAGCUCUCUCUCUUUUGACUUUCAGACCAGUUGUUAAAUUGUCUGCGUCCGCCAAGGGCCCCCUGGGUGUGUAAUGUCCAGGUCCCCAACCUGGCUCUGUCCCCCUGCCACACCUAGACUGUUUGGUCCUUUGUGGAAAGAAGUCAGCAUUCAGCCCCAAGUGUGUGUUGUUUGGUCUGUCCCCGCGUGGCUGGGGUGGGGCUGCCUCAGAGAGGUUGAGCUGGCCGGUAGGGCCCUUGGGCAUAAAGAUAGGGAGACCAUGGUGGGUCGGAUGGUCUUCGCAGUACAUUCAAACUCAGCAGGAAAGAACUCAGGGGUUCUGCCCUCUUCCCAGGUAAGCCUCACAGCUUGGCCUUGGGCUUGGCACCAGGGACUCCAUGAUGGAGAUCCACCAUGCCUGGAGCCUGCCUCGAGGCCCAGCGUAGCACUGGGAGCAGGCUGAAGGGUACACAGCCCGCCCCAGUUACUCUGGUCUGCCUUUGGGAGGCCAGCUGAGGGAAGAGACAGUCUUUGGAGUACUCUCCAGCUAGGCACUGGGGAUCAGGGUUGGUGCAGAGACAUUGUGUAGGAGCUCACUAAGGGGAGAAAGGAAUGGAGGAAGGACAUUAGGACCUUCGGGCAUCAGGACUAUCCUGAGCAAGGUCUGAAGCACCAGCCCUGCCCCUGUUGCCGCCCCCACCGCUCCUCCCCAGGUCAGCUGAGGCCCAGUUACAUCAGCCCUGAGACCCAAGCUGGCAGGGGAGGGCCUGAGGCUACACAGAGGCUGCACCAGAGGAGCGUCAAAGCUGGAUGGGCUUUAGUUUUGAAGUCCAGGCAUCACCCCCUUAGUAUAGAAGGGAAAAAGGUCAGGGGGAUGUGGGGAAAUGAACCCAGGUCAGCCCCAAGGCCGGGGCCCUUCAUCCUUAGCCUCCCCCAGCCAGAGCCUCUUGGCCUCUCCCCAUAUCACACAUCUCUCCCAUCCCAAAUGUUCUCUUUGGAUACUGUGUCUCUGUCUGGCCACUGCCCUGUCUCUUUCCCAUCCGCACACAGCCUUCUGGAAAGAGUUGCCCAUAACUGUCCUCCUCCCCGGCCCCCCACUCUCUCCUCCACCUGCUCCGUCUGGCCUCCCCCACCACCUCUCUGGUGACCGCAUCCAGGGGCGUAUUAACCAGUAAGCAAUGUACGCCCAGGCUUACUUGUGUUUACUUA